AUGGCGGAAACCCAUUACGACGCAGAAGAAGAGGUGAACGACCACCCGAUCGAGGAGGUCCGCAACACGGUUCGGGUGACUGACGACCCGUCCGAGCCAUGCCUGACGUUCCGGACAUGGCUGCUGGGGAUGUCCUCCUGCAUUCUUCUGGCCUUCGUCAACGAGUUCUUCAUGUACCGGUCCAACCAGCUGGCGAUCGGCACCGUGGUGGUGCAGAUCGUCACGCUGCCCAUCGGCCGGUUCAUGGCGUCGGCGCUGCCGGAGAAGGUCAUGCGCGUCCCAGUCUUCGGCUGGAAAUUCUCCCUCAACCCGGGCCCUUUCAGCCUCAAGGAGCACUGCCUCAUAACCAUCUUCGCCGGAGCUGGGGCUAGCGGCGUCUAUGCCAUGAAUAUCAUCGCCAUCGUCAAGGUCUUCUACAAGCGGCAGAUCAAUCCCUACGCGGCAAUGCUGCUCGCACAAACAACCCAGUUGCUUGGGUACGGAUGGGCUGGCCUGUUUAGGACAUAUCUGGUAGAUUCAGCCUACAUGUGGUGGCCACUAAACCUUGUUCAGGUGACCCUUUUCAGGGCAAUGCACGAGGAAGAGAAGAGGCCCAAGGGGCAGCUGACACGGCUGCAAUUCUUCAUCAUCGUGAUGGUCUGCAGCUUCGCCUACUACCUGAUCCCCAGCUACCUGUUCCCAGCGGCCAGCACCAUGUCGGUGCUGUGCUGGUUCUUCAAGGACUCCGUCACGGCGCAGCAGAUCGGCUCCGGGCUCAAGGGUCUCGGCGUAGGCUCCUUCGGCCUCGACUGGAACACCGUGGCUGGGUUCGUCGGGAACCCGCUCGCCUCGCCGGCCUUCGCCAUCUUCAACAUCAUGUUUGGGUUCGCGAUCAACAACUACAUCGCCGUGCCAUUUCUGUACUGGACCAACACCUACAACGCCAAGCGCUUCCCCAUCAUCUCGUCGCACGUCUUUGACGCCUCCGGCAAGCGCUACGAGACCAACCGCAUCCUCGACCCGGAAUCCUUCACGCUCAACCUCAAGGAGUACAACUCCUACAGCCGCAUCAACCUCAGCGUGCUCUUCGCCCUCAACUACGGAUUCGGCUUCGCUGGUCUAAUGUCCACGCUCUCGCACGUUGCACUCUACCACGGCAAGGAGAUUUUUGACCUGUGGCGGAAGGCAGCGUCAGAGAAGGGUAGGGAGCAGGACGUGCACACCAGGAUCAUGAAGAGGAACUACAAGACUGUGCCGCAGUGGUGGUUCCACCUGAUGCUGGUCCUCGUGCUGGCGUUGUCCGUCUUCACCUGCGAGGGUUUCGGAGGUCAGCUGCAGCUGCCUUGGUGGGGACUCCUCCUUGCCUGCGCCAUCGCCUUAACAUUCACACUGCCCAUCGGCAUCAUCACCGCAACCACAAAUAUGCAACCUGGACUAAAUAUCAUCACGGAGCUCAUCAUCGGGUACCUGUACCCCGGGAAGCCACUUGCCAACGUUGUGUUCAAGACGUACGGCUACAUAAGCAUGGGGCAGGCGCUCACCUUCGUGUCGGAUUUCAAGCUCGGGCACUACAUGAAGAUUCCCCCGGUAUCCAUGUUCUUCGCACAGCUGGCAGGGACUGUCACGGCAUCGACCGUGCACUUCGCGACGGCGUGGUGGCUACUGACGACGGUGAAGAACGUCUGCGAUGUGGAUACUCUGCCGGAGGGCAGCCCCUGGACGUGCCCGGGGGACGACGUCUUCUACAAUGCCUCCAUCAUCUGGGGCGUCGUCGGCCCGCUGCGCAUGUUCGGCCGCCUCGGCAACUACUGGCAGAUGAACUACUUCUUCCUCGUCGGCCUCCUCGCGCCCGUGCCAGUCUGGCUGCUCUGCCGCUGGUACCCGCGCAACGCCUUCUUCAAGAACAUCAGUAUACCGCUCAUCUUCGCGGGCGCCGGCGGGCUUCUCCCGGCGAGAUCCGUCAACUUCAUAAUGUGGGGCUUCAUCGGCAUCUUGUUCAACUACUUCAUAUACCGGCGGCACAAGGCAUGGUGGAUGAGGCACAAUUACGUGCUCGCAGCAGGGCUCGAUGCCGGCGUCGCCUUCAUGGGGGUGCUCACGUUCAUCUCGCUAGGCUACUUCGACAUCUACGGGGUGCAGUGGUGGGGCGGCGUUGCUGACGACCACUGCCCCUUGGCGUCAUGCCCAACAGCGCCAGGAGUCGUAGCCAAGGGAUGCCCAGUUGUCAGUUCAGCCUAA